AAAUAAUGUCCUCAGCAACAACAGAAAAAGCUGUCGAUUAUCUUGUUAGUCAGAAAACAAGUGUAGAGACGCCAAGGGGAGUACUUUUUAAGCUUUAUUCACAUACUAUUAUGAUGAUAAUUCUUCCGCUUUCUACCUACUAUUAUACUUCAAAUUAUUACUUUGAAGGAGAAAAUAAAACAACGUAUGCCGCACUUGCAGCUGCCGGAAUUGCAAAUGUUGUUGUAUUUUCUUUUAUAAUCACAGCAAUUUGGGAGGAUUAUUCUAGUAAUACACAACAAAAACGAAAUAAAGAAGAUUAAAUAAUCAUCACAAUCAUCUUAAUUUGUAUAAUAAAAAAAUAAUUCUAUAAUCUUAAAAAAUUGACGUUUACAAUUACAUUAUAUUUAUUUUAAUACUUAUAAAUUGUAAUUAGCCUUUAUGUAUUGUAUUUAUUAUUUUUUUU